CUGUCCACGUGCAGGACUCGCUCCGUCGUGCCGAGCUGGGGCGGCCUGGGCCAUGGGGCGCAAGUUGGACCCGACCCGUAAGGUGAAGCGAGGCCCCGGACGCAAGGCCCGCAAGCAGCGGGGAGCUGAAGAGGAGCUCGCCCGUUUCCUGCCGUCUGAGCCGGAUGAAAACACAAGGAAGCUUUCUGCUCAUGCUCGGCGAAGAGCUGCAAAGAGACGGAUCAAAGCUGUAAAACCCCAGACAGUCAAGAAUGCCCUUGAUCGCCAGGCAUUGACAGCUGCAGAGAAGUCAGUGGAGGGUGAGAGAGCAACGCUGCCCGAUGGCCACCGAGCUGGUUUCAGUGAUGACAAUGCUACGUGGCUCACUCCUUCUACUUCUGGGGAAAAGGGAUCCAGACGUGAAGGCAGUGAUGAGGAGGAAAGCAAUGCUCUCGAAGGCAGUGAUGGGAGUGAGGGUCCCUGGGACGGAAGUGAAGAUGGGAUGGUGGAUGACUAUGGAGCACUGUCUUCUGGUGAUGAAGAAGAGCUCCUGCCUAUAGAACAAGCUGCCAAGAAAGCGAAGUUGGAGGGGCAGAGUUUCAGCGAGGAUGACAGUGAGGACGAGGAGACCCCGUCUCACAAGCCAGAAGAGGAGCAGCAGGAAAGCAAUGAAGUCCUGCAGCUCAACGUGGAGACCGACGAGAGCUUUGUGCUUCCCAGUGGGCAAGAGAUAGAGAAAGAAGCUGCUCAGCCGCCUGACCUGCAGCUCAUUCAUCAGCGCAUCAAGGACAACAUAGAGGUGCUUCAGGACUUCGCCACCAAGCGCGAGGAGGGUCGCUCCCGGCAGGAGUAUCUGAGCCUUCUGCAUCUGGACCUUGCCUCCUACUACUCUUACAGCGGCUUCCUAAUUGGGAAGAUGAUGGACCUCUUCCCUCUUGCUGAGCUGGUGGAAUUUUUGGAGUCGAAUGAGGUCCCGCGACCCGUGACCCUCCGCACGAACACGCUGAAGACACGGCGACGCGACCUGGCACAGGCCUUAAUUAAUCGUGGAGUGAAUCUAGAUCCAUUAGGGAAGUGGUCAAAAACUGGACUUGUGGUAUACGACUCUUCUGUGCCCAUAGGUGCCACUCCAGAAUACUUGGCUGGGCAGUACAUGCUGCAAGGGGCAUCCAGCCUCCUCCCCGUCAUGGCUCUUGCUCCCCAGGAGAACGAGCGCAUCUUGGACAUGUGCUGCGCCCCGGGAGGAAAGACCAGCUACAUAGCCCAACUGAUGAAGAACACAGGUGUGAUACUAGCCAAUGACAGCAACGCCGAGCGGUUGCGCAGUGUGGUGGGGAACCUGCACCGCUUAGGAGUCACGAACACGGUUGUGAGCCACUGUGAUGGGCGCCAGUUCCCCAAGGUACUGGGUGGCUUUGACAGGGUCCUGCUCGAUGCUCCCUGCAGUGGCACAGGGGUUAUUUCGAAGGACCCCACCGUUAAAACCAAUAAGGAUGAGAAAGACAUUUUGCGCUGUGCUCACCUACAAAAAGAACUCAUCCUCAGUGCAAUUGACUCAGUUAACGCUGCCUCAGAAACUGGGGGCUACAUUGUGUACUGCACAUGUUCGGUCAUGGUAGAGGAAAAUGAGUGGGUUGUGGAUUACGCUCUGAAGAAACGCAAUGUUCGCUUGGUGCCGACAGGUCUGGACUUCGGCAAAGAGGGAUUUACCAGGUUUAAAGAGCGUCGUUUCCACCCUUCUUUGAAAUCCACACGACGUUUCUAUCCUCACACCCACAACAUGGAUGGGUUUUUUGUUGCGAAACUCAAGAAGUUUUCCAAUGCUCUUCCCAAGGAAGUGAAAGAGGAAGAACCUAAUGAGGAGGCAGCUUCGCAGACAGCAGAAGAGGAUUCUGCUCCAGCAGUUGCUGAGCGUCUGCCUAAAAGGAAAAAACAUGCACAGUUGAAAGCUGUUAAGAAGCAAAGUGCAAAAGAGGAACUUUCUGCAGCGACAGAAGCCAAGCAGCAGCCUAAAGGAGAGUUAAAAGCUGAUAAGAAGAAAUGGCGCUUGGUGUCACGGAAAGUCUCCUUUCAGAAGCAUUCCAGGCCUGUGAAGCCUGCGCGGCCCUCUCCCGGAAAUCUUAGGGCUCCAUCAGCCACCAGGAAGAAGCGCAGGCUGCACUGAAGUUACCAGCAAGUUGGUGACAUUGCAUUGCUUAGUGCUUCUCUGACAACUGCUGGCCAGUGCAAGUAAGACUGGUGAGAGGCCGUCAAAGCACUUGUCUCAGUGCUCCAUGCGCAGGCACUCUCCUCUAACACUGGGACAAAGUUCAAAUAUUUUAUUUAAUUUUCUGUCCUGCUGAAGAGCAGAGGUUCUCUGAAUGGGGCCUAACAAUUAUUAAAAAAUUUCUACCUGGUUA